AAUGCCCUCUUUGCGAUUCGGUAUUGUCGGCUAGCUAGACCGCAAAAGCUAGAUAACUGCCCCAUGCAAAUUCGAUGCAACGCGGCCUUCAUGUCGCGAUAUUCCCAAAAUCAUGCAUGCUCCAUGCUCGGCGAAACCUCAGCUCGGGGACCAACUUGAAGAGCAUAUUUAAGGACGCCAAGUCCGCUGAGCUCUUGGCCACAGUGGGAAGCAUUGCCUCAAUCCCUCGGCUGCAUGAUCUCCCAGAAGUUAUUAUUACCGGACGUGCAAACGCAGGAAAAUCAACGCUACUUAAUGCGGUCCUCGGACGCAGAGAUUUGCUGUUCACUAGCAAGAAAGCGGGCCGUACUCAAACAUUAAAUUUCUACCGCGUAGGCGCACAUCCUGGAAAACUCGUUGUUGUUGACACCCCUGGAUACGGAGCCAGGGGUCGCCCGGAAUGGGGAGCGGUUUUCAAUCACUAUAUAGAAACUCGUAACCAGUUAUGCCGCAUUUACAUCCUACUUACUGCCGCACAUGGCUUGACGCCCUCAGAUGAAGCCAUGCUUUCAUCCCUUGAUGCAAAUGUCCAGUCCUCGGCUGGUACUAAUUUUACGUUACAAGCUAUCAUUACCAAGGCAGAUACACUUGGCUCUCAGGGGCGAAAGCUUGUCGAAGCCACUAGCCAAAAUAUAUUCAAGGCUGCGCCAACCUGCCUGCCACCGAUCAUUACUGCGUGCCCGGGAGGAGGGAAGUCAAUGUUCGGAGUGGAGGAGGUGAGAAAAUCUAUGAUAGACGCUUGUGGCUUGGUGGGGUAGAGGUUAGGGCAUUAUCAGGGGUUCAGCGAUGCUCCAUUGUAUGAAGCAAAUGAUUACCGAGUAGCACGUCAUUUCGUGUGCUUUCUGUCUCAUGAUAGAAAAUAUAGUUAAUUGAGUGGGUCGCUGAAAGGUCCCUAUCACGGAAUUAAAUUAAAUCUCUCAGGGCGCCACCAUACUUUGGGCCUGUCUCGCUUGAUCAAUAUGACGAGUGACAUCCACCCGCGGGCAUUGGUGUCGAGAGUAGUAACUUGAAAGCCAAAAACAUGCUAGUUGAGCGAGACAUGUGCACAUUCUCC